UGGCCCGCUAGAACAGAACGAGUAGAUCACUUGAGAAACAAGCGCUUCAUCCAGUCAUAUUACUAUUGCAGCCAGUGCUCUUACACAUGCCAAGUGUGCUUUAGCAAUGAUAACUAAGAUGGCAGAAUCACCUACAUCAAACGGCAUGGUCCAGCAGCCUACCAGUACCCUGGUGCAGACUCCUUCCUCCACUGCAAGCUCUUACAAGAGAGAAAACUCACCUAAAUCUCCAACCCAAGAUUCACUCUCUAAGAAGCGUGCUAGGAAUAGGCAUGUGCCUUACCAAAACAGCAAGAGUCCCAGUGGCAGUUGCUCCAGCUCAGACGAAGGUAGCGAUGAAAACGAUACAGGAGACUUUCCUAUAGUUGUGGAAUCCAGAAGCAAGAGGCUGCAAGCGAACAGCCGAGAGAGAAAGAGGAUGCAUACCGUGAACUCUGCAUUUGAUGAACUAAGAGAACUUGUGCCAACCUAUCCAUCAAAUAGGAAGCUCUCCAAGAUUGACACACUCAGAUUAGCAUGUACCUACAUUCAAGACUUGGUUUCUGUCCUCCACCAAACAAGAGCCAUGCAGAGUAUGCAAGGGGAUGAAUUGGCUCAAUUUCCUAUCUAUGGAGAUGGCUAUGGACUGCCUGGACCUUACUCGCCAUGUUUUAAUGUGAAGACGGAAGCUUCUAUCUCAGAAUUCCCUGCAUUUACCAAUUACAGGAUGCCUUCAACCUGCAUGACACCUACAUGUGACUCGGAUUACAGCAAUUCUGAAACAGAGACACACAGCCCACCUUACCUGCCGCCAACAUCGCAUAGUGGCCUACCAGCUGGUAUUGCAGUGAGACCUCCACCACUUACAAGAACCAGUAGUGAUUCAGCUGCACAAAUUCAUAGGCCAAUGGCACAUGCAACCGUGAGUGUCACUGGUGGGCCUUCACAUUCACAAUCACAGCGACAGAUGACCAUCCCGUCUCCAUUAGCAACCCAUGCCGUGCAGCACACUGCGCAGCCACUUCUGUCAAAUGAACUCGGUAUUCAUCACUCACCUCCCGUGUGGCAACGGUGUGGGAGUAUGCCCACCUACCCAGUGUACGGGCAAUAGGAAAACUCACUUUAUGUAAAAAUUAAAUCACUGUUUUAGUAUCGUUUUUAUUGUCAGAACUUCACCCUUCCUGUUUUAUUGUUUAUAUAUUUAUUUUGUCAGCGGAUUUUUGAUCAGUCACUCAUCAAUAAUAUUAUUAUAUUGUUUUGUACAAAUAUUCACGUUCCCUGCAUGCAUGCAUCAUACCAGCAAUAAUAAUUAAUUUUUUUUACCAGAUUUGUGACUUCUGUUAACCUCUAGUCUAUUCUCGAGAUAAUUUUUGUUAUAGAAUUUGGACACAAGUAUAGCUAUUAUUAUUAUUGGUACGUUGGCCA